CGCAUUUUUACGAUCGCGCGCCACGCCGGGUUCAUUUGCGUUGAUAUUGCUGUACGGUUCGCAUCUCAGACUUCGAAGGUGACGGUUAUAACGGUGACGUAGUGAUGAUGAUGUUCCAAACUGCGGUCUAGCGAGAGAAGCUCAUCGGCGUGCGCGUAUGCUGUGUAUGUGAAAAGUGUUAUCGAAAUCGAAAGUUCGACGGAUCGGUUGGUGGAUAAGAAGAUGCGGUUGCUGCAGGCCGCUCUGGUGGCGCUGUUUGUCGUUGGAAGUGAAGUUCUGGCCGCUCCGGUUGCGGUGGGCAUCGAUUGCUGUGCUGAUCGAGACCGAGACCAAGACCGCAUCGAUCCGCUGAAGUCGGAGGACUCCUUCAGCGAUGACGUAAAUCGAACGAAAAGAAAAUUCAAACCAGAGGAAAUGGCCGCUGCCAACCUUGUCCUUACGAGAGCUUUGCAACGGAAACCUCUGCAACCGGCCCGAGUUGCGUCAUCUCCUUCGGUGAAACAAGCUCGCCAAGCAGCGGAUGUCGUGGAAAAUGACGUGGAAACGUUCGACGAGAACGACAACUUUGGACAGGGCGAGAAGGUAUCGCUGCAGAUCCCGGAUAAAUUAUUCGGAAAUGCAACCAAUCUGGUGCUGGCGGUGGCGAAGAUUUUCGGAGAUUUUAUCACGAACACCGCAAUCCGGUCGGCACGAUUCCUACAGCUGAUCCAACCACUAUUUGGGCGAAACCUCCAGAUACAGAUACCAACCACCACAACCGAGUCGAAUGAAGUUUGAGAUUGUUCUAUUUUAAGAAUUAGUUACGUAAUUGUUUAAUUAUAGAAACAAAUUUUUAUUUACACUCUUGUUACAUAAUUUAGUCUAAGGUGGAGCAGCGUCAUUCGGUCGGCUGCUAUCACGCGAUCUUUUUAUUCGAUAUUUCCGGACGAUAUUUAAUAAAAUGAUCUAUCUAGGUUAAGCUUUAUCGUUA